ACUCCAAGACGCGUGCGUUAACAGUUGAGAAAACUUUUGAAUGCUCUACAAUGGAGCUUUCUGUUAUAGUAAUCUAAUCUCGGCAUUUUUUCAUAAUUAUAUGUACAUACUUGCCGUUUAUUAUUGCGAAAUUCAUUCGAAAUGUAAAUUACUUAAAUAAUUUGUAAAUAUUAUAAACACACCAUCGAAUAUAAAUUUUUAAUAUGAAUAACAAGUGAGAUGUAUGUGCGCAUAUUGUCAGAGAAAGUGCAUCAUACACAUUCUCUCAAUGACAUUGACAAGUUUUCUUACUUGGAAUGUGUCAGGUGGAGAAAUGAUUAAAACUGUAAUUCAAUAUACGUUGUUAUCUUCUACAAAUGUAUCCAUUCUGAAAUCAUGUGUGAAAAAGUCUGACUCUAAGAUGAUCUGGCUUUUAUUUUUUGUCAUUGACAUAAUAUUAGCCGAUAAUGGCAACAUGAUUUUGAGACAUUUAGGAGAAAAGGAGUAUUCCUUAAUAAAGGAAAAAGCAUCAUUGCCACAACAUGGACUAUGUUGGCAUACUGCGCUUCAAUCACUGGAGAGCAGCUGCGAUAAACUCAAUGAUCAUCAGCAUUCUCUCCUCGCUUUGCGCUUGACAAAUUGUUUUUUAGAGGAUUCUGGUCACAAAACUUAUAAUUGUCAUCUGAGCGAAUCAGAAGAUGAGCGUCGAAAAUGCAUCAGUAGUAUGGCAGACAGAGAGUUUAAUGUUUACAAUGAAUUCUAUACCCAUACUACUCAUAUAUGUUUCUUUCUGCAUCAUGAAGCUUGGCAAGCGGAAGUUGACAAUACCAUAAAGUUAUUAUUUCAAGUAUCUUCUCGAAUGAAAGAUCAACUUCUAGAAGCAUCGGAAAUGCAAGGUGUAAUACUGAAUAGUCAGAAGGAAGGUUUACGUAUUCAAAACGAACUUUUGGAUCAUGGAAAGGAACUCGGAACUGUGUUAAAGACUUCGUCCGAAACAGUUAGCAACAUGGUGUCGGAUUUCAAAGAAUCAGCCAAGGAUCAGAAAGAAUUGCUUUACGAAAUCUUUUCUUACAUACGCACUUUUCAAAGCUGGAUUAUCGGGGAAGUGUCUUGGUUCCAGUCUAUCAUAUUUUAUACUGUUAGCUGUAUUGUUUGUGCCUUGUUUAGUUCUUCAAAAAGAACAGCCGAUGCGAGAGUUGCACUUUUCACUAUUUUAAGUUUGAACGUAGUAGCCGAGAGAAUAUUAGUCAAUUAUUAUGACAGUAUUGUACAUCAAUCUCCAGAAGUUAAGGCACAACUUUUAAGUACAACAUGGUUCUACAGAAAAGUUGCUUUAACACUAUGUGCCAUAACGUUAUUUUGUACAUAUUAUUUUUAUAGAGAUAAACAAAUGGAAAAUUAUAAAGCUUUAAGGAGAAUUGAACAUCAGCUAGAUGUCAUACAAAAACUCACAACUAUUUCUAAUAUCGAACCAGUUCGUUACUCGAAGCGAUUGGCAUUGAAACGUUCAAGUGCUGUUUCUAGUAAACAGGAAAUUAUCACCGACAAUCAAGGCGUCAAUGCAUAUAAAAAUAAUAAUUUUGAUAAUUAAAAAAUAAACUUUAUCAGGGAUAUUGUUUACUCUUUAGCAAUUGUACAUAAUUAAAGAUUAUAUAUAAAUAAUAAAACAUUUUGAUAAAUAUAUUUACAGAACUUUUUAUAUGCAUUUAUA